AUGGGCAUCAAAAUCCUCGACCACAAAGGCCACCCCGUCGAGCAUCGACGCCGGCGUCUGUCAACGGGUAUCCCCAAAACAAGCUACCACUGGCGCAAAGUCAUCCCGUUCCUAACGCCCUCCUUCACCGUCGUCGUCCCCGACAUGCGCGGCAUCGGCGACAGCGACCACCCCGCUAACGGCUACGAUAUGGCUACUGUGGCCGACGACCUGGCCGAGCUGAUGACGACCUUGGGCCACGAGACGUUCCACGCGUGCGGCGAGGACUGGGGCGGUGCGGCGCUGUACCAGCUGGCGGUGCGGCAUCCCUCGCGCGUGAAAAGCCUCAUCUUCCAGGAGAUGAUGCUCCCCGGGUUCGGGCUUGAGGACUGGGCGAAGUUCGAUCCCAACCGUCCGGGCCCGCAUCUCUGGCAGGUUGGCUUCUAUGCUGUGCCGGACGUCCCCGAGCUGCUGCUGCGCGGCCGCGAGCCCGAGUACUUCAGCUGGUUUAUCAAGAACGAAGCCGCGGAUCCGGCCAGUAUCGACGACGACGCUGUCGACGAGUAUGUGCGGACAUACUCGCAACCGGGCGCCCUUCGCAGCAUGUGCAGCUUUUUCCGCGCGAGGGCGACCAUCCAGCAGAACCACGAGGCGGCAGCGCGGACGAAGCUGACGGUGCCCGUGCUGGCGAUCGGAGCCGAGAGCUUCAUCGGCAGGGAGGUCAAGCGGCAGAUGGAGCGCGUGGCGCAGAAUGUGCAGUAUGCAGAGUUUGACUAUGGCCAUCAGCUGGCGGAGGAGUGUCCGGAGAUGCUUAGCCAGCGGUAUCUGUCGUUUCUCAAUCAGAUUAAAUAA